CAAUAAAGGACCACCUAAAACUGCAACGUAUACAUCGGGAGCCCGUGAAACCGGAAGCAAAAGAACUCUUUUGGAAAGCAAGGAGUACAAGCCUCCUUCUUUAAGUGUACUACGUGUAGCGCAAGGCUCCGCGCAUGAUCAACAUGCACUAGAAAUAUACAAAGAGAGCUGUCGCUGUCCUCGUUCUCGUUGACUCAGCAGCAUCAAGAUGGGAAACAUCAAUGAGGUCGUGGGCAAUCUGGAGUACCUGUAUGGGAUCUGGGUCGUCAAAGAUGACAGUAUUGGCGAACCCGUGGUGUUCCGGUUUUGCGGGAGUAACAACCGGCAGUGCUUCACCAUGAGUUACAUCACGACCAACAUCUUUGGCGUCCCGGGCAAGAUUUACUGUCAGGUACAGGGGAAGAACUUUGGUUUCAAAGGCGAGUACACGCUCGAGUCGGAUGGCAUCUACGUGGAAAUCCAGGACAUAGAAGGCGAUCCGCUCGAUCCGGAAAGCGUCCCGCCAAGUUCCAUGGUUUCGCUCUUCCAGAAGGGAAAAGUGAUUGUCUUUGAGGUAUCGUACUAAUACCUGCUGGAAGGUUAUGCGUACUGGUUGCUACUCCUCCUUCUGCUCAACAAAAACCAACGCUACCUCCGGAAUUCCUAUAGAGCAGGCCAACCAAAAUGUUUUUUGUUUUUCGCCGACAAUAUACUUUUUUCAAAAACUUCGAAAAUGAAAUCCUCCUGCCCCACGACCUGAUUGCGAGACUCAUUUUCUUUUUUCAGUCUUACGUUACCACGGCACGACAACUACUUGUCAGGUAAAUCAUGCUACCAACAACUGUGUGAGCGCAUCAAUCCGGAACGUAAUGGCGGGAAAGGAUGGCGAGAAGGAACCAGCGCCGGAGGCGUUCCCCACCUUCUGGGAAAUGCAGUGGAACGGAGAUCAACCAUACUUGGAAAGGCCGGUACUUGCAACCAUCUCUUUUUUACUAUAGCUAAGCAAGGGCGCCAAGCCGAGGAUUCAAUUUUUCUCACUUCGUGGUCGUGAGACGCACUAUACGCGUAAUUGUUUUUCACUCUCGUGUCCUCUCUGUCCCAAGGAUGAGAAAGCGAGCAAACGAGUGCAUUUUUGAGCAAAAAAGUCACAAACAUAAAAAUUUCCACACAUCAACCAAAAACAGAUUUCCAAAGACAAGCGGGCUGUUGCCCAGAGGCGGGUAAAGCGUAUCUCAGUGAAGCGCGAGCCAGACAUGAAACCAGGGGACAAGGGGCGAAUAACGCUCCCGGACGGGCGGGAAGUCGAGUACACAGUGCCACCAGGAGAAGAGUCACACUUCAUAGUCGCCUUUUGAGGCGUGAUCACUCUGCAGGACAUCGAGGUUUAGGUUUUAUUUUCAAUGUACAAUUUCAAUUUGAUGUUGCAUUCGAGGAAAUUUGUAUAAUGAAAACAAAAAAUUAGGAAAACAGUAACAGACUGUGUCAUUCGUAGUAGAUGAUUGGUGCAACUGUUACAUCAGAGAUUAGGAUGCUUUUUGCUCGACGUAGAGGUAGAAUUCCAUUUACAAAUUUUCAAUUGCCUGCGUUCUUAUUCCCACGUCGACAGCAUCCUCAUAUCGAACAAAGAAAUGUCCCUUGGAUUUGGAGCGGUAAUGCUGAAAGUAGUAGCAACUCCGGGUCAUACACCCGAAGUAGAGGCGACGAAAGAAAUAAAAACCCUGCUUCUAUUGGCGUUGCACUAAAUGUAUGUGAUUCAGCAAUCAAAAG